AUGGCAGCACCACAGAUUGUGAACGAUGCUCAGCCCGAGGAGCCCAUUACCUGUCCAGCUGAGCUGGAUGGUGUCGCAUAUCUCUACGGACAUCCAUUGCUGAACUCCCUCUCCCCACCACUCCAUAAGACCGUCUACAGCACAUUGGGUUUGAACUGGGCCCAGAUUCCUCUAUCCAGCGUUUAUGGCACAUCUGCGACGUACCCUCCACCGUACACUCGGUCACCUUCAAUCGAUAAAUAUUUGGCCGCUAUCAAAGCUAACCCCAAGUUCGUUGGCUCCUCUGUCACCAUGCCGCACAAGGUAGCCAUCAUGCCUCACCUGGACGACCUCACCGAGGACGCAAGACAAGCCGGAGCUUGCAACACCAUCUUCUUACGCGAGGAACAAGACGGUAGCCGCUCCUACGUCGGUACAAACACCGACUGCAUUGGCAUCCGGGAAGCCUUGCUGCAGAACUCCCCAUCCACGGAAAUGUUCCAGAACAAGCCUGCCUUGAUUGUCGGUGGAGGCGGCACGGCUCGCUCAGCAAUUUACGUUCUACGCAAAUGGCUCGGUGCUAGCAAGAUCUACAUUGUGAACCGUGAUGCGUUGGAAGUCGAGACUAUUCUGAGCGAAGAUAGGGAACGGAAUUCUACUUCGACGCAAGCUCCCCUCAUUCAUGUCACUGAUCCCGCUGUGGCGGCCUCUCUUGAGGCACCCGUGGCCAUUGUCUCGGGUAUUCCCAACUACCCGCCGAAGACCCCUGAGGAAAUCAACGCCCGAGAAGUGCUCCAGGCUUUCCUGGGCGAGACUUCUUCCGAUGCGGUUAAGGGUGUCAUUCUGGAGAUGUGCUAUCACCCUGUUCCCUGGACGGAAAUUGCGCAGCUCGCUUCGACGGCUGGCUGGAAAGUUAUCCUGGGUUCAGAGGCUUUGAUCUGGCAAGGCUUGGAACAGGCCCGUCUCUGGACUGGUCAGGAUGUGGUUGCUGUUCCUGGCGUAGUGGAGAAGGUCAAGGAUAUGGUGGCAAAGUCGCUAGCUGAAAGGUCAUCCAAGCCCAAUCUUUGA